GGACAAUACAAAAAAUUCAAGGCGUUACAACUGAUUUGAUGCCAUGGAUAGAAUCUCAGAGUUGCCUGAUUUUAUUGUUCAUAAGAUCAUGUCUCACCUCUCACCAAAAAAGGUAGCUCAAACUAGUAUUUUGUCAAAGAGAUGGAAUUAUUUGCAGACAUCAUUCCCUAUUCUGGAAUUUAAUCAAAAUCACUUCAUGCGAAAAGGCGUGCCAUUUUCCGAUUACAGAGCUUUGUUGGAUGGCCUUCUUUGGAGUUGUUGUCCGUGGACUUUGCAUGUGACAGCAACUGGGGAAGAUGAGCACAAAUUCCUUCAGUGGCUAUAUGAGGAACUGAGGAAUAGAUGUGUAAACUGCUGCAAUUCUCAUAAUAUCAAGUGUUGGCGACAUUACUUGAAAGAUGUAAAGAUCCUGAGCACCUUGCCAAUGGAAGAUUGUAGGAGGAAAAACCGGAAGCUGCUUAAUAGAGAUGAUGAUGAUCUACGCGAUGUUUGGCCUAUCAAUCGACAUGUAAUUAUGUGCUUUGAUCUUGAUUGGGUUCAAUAAACAAGCUCAAGUUUUUUGCUUUAUUUUGGCUUUGAAUGUUGAUGGCAAUUCCGUGUG